CGCGCGCGUCGCUUUUCGCGCUCUUCUAACCGCGUCCGUUGGCGUCCAUUGUGUUUGAAAUAUUUAAAAGAGACUAAUUAAAACGUGAUAUCUUUUUUGACUUGAAUACAUGAAAUUGAAUGCAGUUUAAAUUAAUGCCUUGACAUAGUUAUUUAGUGCAAGUAAUUAAAAAUAAGUGCAAUGUCGAAGAAGCAAGAUACACCGGAAUUCAAAUCGAACGAAACAUGGAGGAUACUGAAGAAUGUGGUCAUUAUCAGCAUUGCUUUUAUGGUUCAGUUCACAGCGUACAGUGGAGCAGCCAAUCUACAAAGUUCAAUAAAUGCCGAGGCGGGUCUGGGCACGGCAUCACUUGCGGCCGUGUACGCGGGACUUAUCUUCUCUAAUAUCUUCCUUCCAGUUAUCGUUAUAAAAUGGCUGGGUACGAAGUGGGCUAUGGCAGUGUCAUUCGUCACGUAUAUGCCUUACAUCGCUGCACAGCUGCUGCCUCGCUUCUGGACCCUCAUACCAGCUGGACUGUUCGUGGGCUUCGGCGGCGGCCCACUCUGGUGCUCGAAAUGCACUUAUUUAUCUGUUGUAUCAGAAGCGCACAGCAAGAUAUCGAAUAUUUCAGCGGAGGCGCUGCUUACACGGUUCCUCGGAUUAUUCUUCAUGAUAUUCCAGUUAAAUCAAGUCUGGGGAAAUCUCAUUUCUUCUUUAGUCCUCUCAUCAGGUGACAACGAGGCGGCGGUGACCGCGCUCAAUGAAUCCCUUAUCCCGGAGCUGUGCGGAGCCAACUUUCUGCCAAGCGCUGACGCUGGCGAUGCAUUACAGCCACAGCCACCUGAGAAAAUACAGAUGAUCGUUGGGAUAUACUUGGCAUGUAUGGCUGGUGCUGCGCUUAUUGUUGCUGUUGGUGUGGAUUCCAUGAAAAGAUACGAUACGGGGCGUUCCGGGUCAGGUUCAGGAAUGUCCGGCAUGGCGUUACUAGUUGUAACACUCAAGUUGCUCAUAGAACCCAACCAGUUGAUGCUCGUCAUUAUAAACGUCUUUAUUGGAUUACAACAGGCGUUCUUUGGUGCAGAUUUUACCGCAGCAUUUGUAUCAUGCGCUAUCGGCACAGGUACUGUGGGUUUCGUUAUGAUGACGUAUGGGGUUGCUGACGCGAUCGGUUGCGUUGUUACAGGAUACAUAGCGAAGGUGACUGGUCGCUUGCCAUUGCUAUGCACAGCGGCUAUCGUCCAGGCGGGGUUGUUUGUGUCCAUUCUGACAUGGCGGCCGCAUCCCAGCGAGGAAUAUGUCCUAUACGUGAUUGCUAUACUCUGGGGAUUGUGUGACUCCGUUUGGAUUGUGCAGAUAAAUGCGUAUUACGGAAUCCUGUUCCCGGGCAGAGAAGAGGCCGCGUUUUCCAACUUCAGGUUGUGGGAGUCCGUGGGGUACAUCAUUGCUUACGUCAUAUCUCCAUACUUGAGGACCAGGGCCAAGACCUACCUGCUUAUCGUGAUGAUGAUCAUCGGCAUCGCUCUCUACUUUGUCGUCGAGUACAGAGAUAGAAGAGCUAAGAAGAAAUUAGAAGAGAAGAAGAAGGAUCUUUAUACUAUUGGUUGUGAAAAUUUUGCGUUUCAAAAUGUCGAAUAAUAUGUGAUAAAUUUAGUGUUAAGUGUUUUUUUUAUAAUAAAUGUACUUUUGUUAA